UUCCCCAAACCAAAAGACAAGCCGGCCCCCUUCACUUCCUUCUCAGAUCUGUCGCUCUUUCUUCACCCCGAGAGAGAGAGAGAGAGAGAGAGAGAGUCGCGAUGGGCAUGCGAAUGGCGAUUAGGGCUUUUCUUCUUCUUCUAUUACUCUUUGCAUCCGCAGAGCACAGCUUUUCGCUUUACGAAGAUCAAGUGGGCCUCAUGGACUGGCACCAGCAGUAUAUAGGGAAAGUGAAGCACGCAGUGUUCCACACUCAGAAGACCGGGAGAAAGCGUGUUGUGGUGUCUACUGAAGAGAAUGUUAUCGCGUCGCUUGAUCUCCGGCACGGAGAGAUUUUUUGGAGACAUGUUCUUGGGACCAAUGAUGCAGUUGAUGGAGUUGAUAUUGCUCUUGGAAAAUAUGUCGUUACUCUUUCGUCAGAGGGAAGUAUUUUAAGAGCAUGGAACCUUCCAGAUGGGAAGAUGGUCUGGGAGUCUUUUCUUCAGGGCUCAAAACCUUCGAAAUCAUUAUUGUCUGUGCUGAUAAAUUUGAAAGUCGACAAGGACAAUGUGAUUCUUGUUUUCAGUAAAGGGCGUCUUCAUGCUCUUUCUAGCAUUGAUGGCGAAGUUCUCUGGGAGAAGGAUUUUUCAGCUGAAAGCAUAGAGGUUCAACAGAUUAUUCAGCCUCUUGGAAGUGAUAUAAUCUAUGCUGUAGGUUUUGUUGGUUCAUCCCAGUUCGAUGCUUAUCAAAUUAAUGCUAAGAAUGGAGAAUUGCUGAAGCACAAGAGUGCAGCCUUUCCUGAUGGCUUUUUUGGGGAAGUAUUAUUAGUUUCAAGUGACAUGCUUGUGUCAUUGGAUGCCACUAGGUCGAGCUUAGUAACAAUUAACUUUCAGAAUGAAGAAAUCAACUUCGGAAAGACAUAUAUUUCAGAUCUUGUUGAGGAGUCUCCCAGGAACGCAGUCAUAUUACCUUCAAAGCUCUCAGGAAUAUUUGCUGUAAAAGUCAAUAUGUUUUCAGUAUUCAUAAGAGUGACAACUGAAGGCAAAUUGGAGGUUGUGGACAAAAUUAACAAUGCAGCAGCUGUUAGUGAUGCUCUCUCAUUUUCAGAGGGUCAACAAGCUUUUGCAAUAGUUGAACACGUAGCUGGUAAAAUUCUCCUCACAGUGAAGCUCAAUCAUGAUUGGAAUGGUGAUUUGCUCAGGGAGAGCAUAGUCAUGGACCAUCAGAGGGGGCUAGUGCACAUGGUUUUCAUAAACACUUAUAUUCGUACAGACAGGUCUCAUGGGUUUAGGGCCUUGAUUGUCAUGGAAGAUCAUUCACUGUUGUUACUACAACAAGGUGCGAUUGUCUGGUGUAGGGAGGAAAGCUUAGCCUCAAUUGUAGGUGUAACAACAUCAGAACUGCUUGUGGAAAAGAAAGGUGUAUCAGUAGCGAAAGUGGAGCAGAACCUCUUUGAGUGGCUUAAGGGACACAUCCUGAAGCUUAAGGGGACUUUAAUGCUUGCAAGCCCUGAGGAUAUAGCAGCUAUACAAGGAAUGAGAUUAAAAAGUUCUGAGAAGAGCAAAAUGACCCGAGACCACAAUGGUUUCCGGAAGCUGCUAAUAGUUCUUACCAGAGCAGGGAAACUUUAUGCCUUGCACACUGGAGAUGGACGGGUUGUUUGGUCUCUCUUACUGUCCUCACUACGUAAAUCAGGAUCAUGUGAACAUCCUACUGGGCUUAGAGUUUAUCAGUGGCAGGUACCCCAUCAUCAUGCCAUGGAUGAGAAUCCAUCUGUCCUUGUUGCGGGUCGAUGUGGACCAAGUUCAGAUGUCCCCGGUGUUCUUUCUUUUGUUGAUGCUUACACAGGAAAGGAACUUGACUCAUUGGGCCUCACUCAUUCUGUUACGCAAAUCAUUCCACUGCCAUUAACUGAUUCAACGGAACAGCAUCUCCAUCUUAUUAUAGAUGCUGACCAUCAUGCACAUUUAUACCCAAGAACCUCUGAGGCUAUUGCUAUCUUCCAACACGAGUUUUCAAAUGUAUACUGGUACUCAGUUGAGGCUGAUAAUGGCAUUAUAAGGGGGCAUGUCUUGAAGAGCAAUUGCAUUGGUGUAGUGGAUGAAUACUGCUUUGACUCCAGGGACUUGUGGUCAAUUAUAUUUCCGUCUGAGUCAGAAAAGAUAAUAGAAACUGUUACGAGAAAAUUGAAUGAGGUGGUUCAUACCCAAGCAAAGGUCAUAGGUGACCAAGAUGUGAUGUAUAAAUAUAUAUCAAAAAAUCUACUCUUCGUGGCAACUGUUGCACCAAAAGCCAGUGGCGAAUUCAGAAUGGCCACCCCAGAGGAGUCAUGGUUGGUUGUAUACCUCAUUGAUACUGUAACUGGUCGUAUAUUGCACCGGAUGACUCAUCAUGGUUCACAGGGUCCUGUUCGUGCUGUUUUCAGCGAGAACUGGGUUGUAUACCACUACUUCAAUCUUAGAGCCCAUAGAUAUGAGAUGUCAGUCAUUGAGAUCUAUGAUCAGUCUCGGGCGGACAACAAGGAUGUCUUGAAGCUAGUUUUUGGAAAGCAUAAUCUUACUUCACCAAUCUCCUUGUAUUCUCGACCAGAGGUGAUAACAAAAUCACAGUCUUACUUCUUCACCCACUCUGUGAAAACAAUAACAGUGACAUCAACAGCCAAGGGUAUAACCUCAAAGCAGCUUCUUAUUGGUACAGUUGGUGAUCAGGUUUUGGCUCUUGAUAAGCGUUAUUUAGAUCCUCGCCGAUCUGUCAACCCUACACAAGCUGAGAGGGAAGAAGGCAUCAUACCUCUUACGGAUUCUUUGCCAAUCAUUCCCCAGUCCUAUGUGACGCAUGCUCUCAAAGUGGAAGGUCUCCGAGGCAUUGUUACGGUACCUGCAAAGUUGGAGUCCACAACACUUGCCUUUGCAUAUGGAGUGGAUCUCUUCUUCACUCGAAUUGCACCCUCGAGGACAUACGAUUCACUCACCGAAGAUUUCAGCUAUGCUUUGCUUCUCAUCACAAUUGUUGCCCUAAUUGCGGCAAUCUUUGUGACAUGGGUUUUGUCCGAGAGGAAAGAACUGCAAGAGAAGUGGAGGUGAUUUCUUCUCCUCUAGUCCGUCCUUUUCUUUUCCUUAUUUAAUUUAAUUUUGUUGUCGUUAAGCUACCUAUAGUUUUGACAUUAGGUCAGGAGAUUAUUCCUUUUGUUGUAAAAUUUUAUCAUGAUUCUUUUUCUUUUUGGGGGGUUGGAUGGUUCGUCUAAAUUAGUGCUUUCAUGUUGUAAAUCUGGAAAAUCAUGAGAAUAAAUUAAUUACGUUAGUUUUGAGGCAAGUACAUUAUAAUUAAUUUAUGAUGACGUCAAUUGGAUUUA